AUGGCUCCUGAACUCGUCCCCACCAGCGUCGCUAAGUCGGGUUUCACCAUACCCGCCACCCUGCCGAGCCGGGCAUACGUCACCUUCUUGGCCGGCAACGGUGACUACGUGAAAGGCGUCGUCGGAUUGGCCAAGGGAUUGAGGAAGGUCAAAACGGCAUACCCAUUGGUCGUUGCGGUCUUGCCCGACGUCCCUCAAGAGCACCGUCGUAUUCUGGAGUCGCAGGGUUGCAUAGUCCGAGAGAUCGAACCCGUUUGCCCGCCCGAGAACCAGACCCAGUUCGCCAUGGCCUAUUACGUAAUCAACUAUUCCAAGCUCCGAAUUUGGGAGUUUGUGGAGUAUAGCAAGAUGAUAUACUUGGACGGGGACAUUCAGGUGUACGACAACAUAGAUCACCUGUUUGAUCUGCCAGACGGCCACUUCUACGCAGUGAUGGAUUGCUUUUGCGAGAAAACAUGGAGUCACACGCCGCAGUACAAGAUCGGGUACUGCCAGCAGUGCCCGGAGAAGGUGCAGUGGCCCACAUCGGAGCUGGGACCACCACCCUCACUUUACUUCAACGCCGGCAUGUUUGUGUUCGAGCCCGACCUCGAAACCUACCAUGACCUCUUGACCACUCUCAAAGUGACUCCUCCCACCCCAUUUGCGGAGCAGGACUAUCUGAACAUGUUCUUUAGGAAAAUCUACAAGCCAAUUCCUUUAGCUUACAAUUUGGUCCUCGCAAUGUUGUGGCGACACCCGGAGAAUGUGGAGCUUGACAAAGUGAAAGUGGUGCAUUAUUGUGCAGCAGGAUCAAAGCCGUGGAGGUACACAGGCAAGGAGGAGAACAUGGAGAGGGAGGACAUAAAGAUGUUGGUGAAGAAAUGGUGGGACAUAUACAACGACACGUCGUUGGAUUACAAGAAACCAUCGGCACCAGGAGCAAGAGCAGCUGUGGUGGGCGGUGCUGAAGGCGAAGGGGUGAACAUGCAGCCCUUCAUUGAGGCUCUGUCGGAAGCUGGUGUGGUGCAAUAUGUGACUGCCCCAUCAGCCGCUUAA